UGAGUGGUUGCCAUUUGCAAACAAUUUCUGGGAGGUUCACAGGUCACCUCUGGCCCACCCCUGGACCCCAUCUAUGUGCUACUGUAUUUUCAAGGGGCACCAAUCCCGCUCCUCCCAGCUCCCAGCUCCUUCCUAGGCCCUAUCCAGAUUUACACUUAGGGCCAUGCUGCUUGGCACUGGAUUGGUCCCUGUUUCACAGAGAGAAUGUUCACUUCUCUCCUCAGGUAUUGCUCUCAGGGCAAACACCGGCCUCAGUGCUGGGCAGACGGAAUGGGAUGAAUGAUAAAGUUGCGGGAGUCUGCCCAGUGGCAAAUGCCCUCAUUUCACGAUUUCCCCAGGUCCUUUAACCUCCCCACUGUGCUCAGGCCUGAGAGAGCAGGAGUCUUGGGAGAAGGGUGGGAAUAAGGAACCUACAACAGGGCGGGAAGGCCCCCCCAGCCCAGAGCUAGAGGAGGAACGUGUGACUUUAACCCAUCUCAGUCUUGAUGCCUUCCUCUUCGUCUUUGCCCAGCUCCCUUCUCUCAUUCAUUCAUUCCUCAUUCACUCCUUCGUUGACUGGAGGCUACCGCGCUGACCAGGACAGACACAGAAGCUGCCCUGUGGAGCCGAGAACGCGGGGCGUAUCCGGCGGCCGGCGCAGACCUCCUGGGGGCGGGGCGAGCGCGGUCCUCCCUGCGGCCCCGCCGCAGCUGCUCCGACGCCCCCUCCCGCGGACGCCAGCCGAGGGGCUUCCCGGGUGGGCGGGCGGCCGGCCUGGAGGCCGGGGCGGGGCUGCGGGGCCGGCGGAGGCGGGGGCGGCGGCAGAGAGGUCCCGUCCCAGAGCCCCGAGCGGCAGGUGCACCUGCGCCCCGCGGGCCCCGCUCCCCCUUCCCUCCCCUCCCCACUCAUUCUCCCCCCUCCUAGUCCCCCCUUCCCCCCCUCCUUUCCCCUCUUCCCCCCUCCCUCCCCACUCCUCUCUCCCCCUCCCCCUACUCCCCUCCCCCGCCCCGGGGAGCCCGGGCGUCCUCCUGCCGGAGGGAAAUGAGACCCAAAAUGGGAACCGGGGAAGCCCUGGGCCUUGGCAGUCCUGCAGCGGAUCGGGUGAACUACGACGUUGGAAGACGGAUCGCCUUACACCUCCGUGCGCUGCAGGACGCGGUUACAUUUUAACUCGCUGGUCUGGAACGCGAUUGAACUGGGCGAGGAGGGCGCCGCCCGGGGCUGGCGUCCUGGGUCUCGAGCCGAGGCCUGGAGGACGCGGGGGAGCCCUGAGCCUGCAACAGGUGUUCCCGGUCUCCUCUAGGCUCCGUUCACGCCAAUAUUUUAUAGGCGACAUUUUCAAACUAUGUGAGGAUCCAUUUUAAGAAGAUUUAUUCCUCUGUGAUGGAGAAGUAUGAAAAAAUUGGGAAAAUUGGCGAAGGAUCCUAUGGAGUGGUUUUCAAAUGCAGAAACAGGGACACGGGUCAGAUUGUGGCCAUCAAGAGGUUUCUGGAAUCAGAAGAUGACCCUGUCAUAAAGAAAAUCGCCCUUCGAGAAAUCCGCAUGCUCAAGCAACUCAAGCAUCCCAACCUCGUCAACCUCAUUGAAGUCUUCAGGAGGAAGCGGAAGCUUCACCUGGUGUUCGAGUACUGUGACCGCACCGUUCUCCACGAGUUGGACAGAUACCAAAGAGGGGUUCCAGAACAUCUCGUGAAGAGCAUUACUUGGCAGACACUGCAAGCUGUAAAUUUUUGCCAUAAACACAAUUGCAUACAUAGAGACGUGAAACCAGAAAAUAUCCUCAUCACAAAACAGUCAGUGAUUAAGCUUUGUGACUUUGGAUUUGCUCGGCUUUUGACUGGACCAAGUGACUACUACACAGACUACGUGGCCACCAGGUGGUACCGCUCCCCGGAGCUGUUGGUGGGGGACACGCAGUAUGGCCCCCCUGUAGAUGUUUGGGCAAUUGGCUGUGUCUUUGCCGAGCUGCUAGCAGGGGUGCCUUUGUGGCCAGGAAAGUCGGACGUGGAUCAGCUCUAUCUGAUUAGGAAAACCUUGGGAGACCUCAUCCCUAGGCACCAGCAGGUGUUUAGUGCGAAUCAGUACUUCAGUGGGGCGAAAAUCCCAGACCCUGAAGACAUGGAACCUCUGGAAUUAAAAUUCCCAAACAUCUCUUAUCCUGCCCUGGGGCUCUUAAAGGGCUGUCUCCACAUGAAUCCUGCUGAGAGGCUCACGUGUGAACAGCUGUUACAGCACCCGUAUUUUGACAGCAUCAGAGAAAUAGGGGAUUUGGCAAAGCAGCACGACAGACCAACAAGGAGGACCCUGAGACAGGCCCAGAAGCACCUGCCAGGGCUGCAGUGCCUGCCUCAGCUGACCACCAGUAGCAUCCUUCCCGCCCUUGGUAACAAGAAGUACCACUGUUACACCAAGAAACCGGACUAUCGAUUUCCAAACAUCUAAGGAGCUUGGAGAUGGAUGACAAAAAAGCGUUAAUCAAUGAUUUGAAAAAAUGAAACAUACAUUUGAUUGAAAUCACAAUGUUGAAAAAACAUCAGGAGGAAACAGAAGUAACUAACUGGGGGCAGCCACUUGGCAGGACUGGAAGGGAAAUUCCAGAGGCAGUCUUCCAUGUGUGAUGGUGGCGUCCAGGGCAGGAAGGAAAAACUUGCUGAGAUUUUCACUUGUAUUUUUGUUGUAUCUAAGUAGCUGGCCUUAUGACCAGAAUAUAAACCGUAUCUAUUGCCCAUACCUCUGGCAGAAUUAGAGAUGUAAAAAGGAUUUGUGGGGCUGGUCCCAUGACUUAGUUGUUAAGUUCAGUGUACGCUGCUUUGGAGGCCUGGGUUCUGUUCCCGGGAGUGGACAUACACCACUCAUUGACGGCCAUGCUGUGGUGGUGACCUACAUACAAAAUAGAGGAAGAUUGGCACAGAUGUUAGCUCAGGGUAAAUCUUCCUCAGCAAAAAAAAAGAUUUGUGUGUCCAUUGUACCAUAUGCAACAAGUGAAAAGUCGAUUACAGAGGGGCCAGCCAGGUGGUGUAGCAGUUAAGUUUGCUCACUCUGCUUUGGCAGCCCAGGGUUUGCUGGUUCGGAUCCCAAGCGUGGACCUAUGCACUGCUUAUCAAGCCAUGCUGUGGCAGGCAUCCCACAUAUAAAAUAGAGGAAGAUGGGCACAGAUGUUAGCUCAGGGCCAGUCUUCCUCAAAAAAAAAAACUUAUAGAACCCCCAUAUUUCCCUGGGUCUGUUGCCUUGAAUCCUAUCUCCUGCCUUUUCAGAUUGCCUCAACAUCAUAUUUGAGGAGAGUUUUAGUUCUUGAAAUCAAAAUGUUUAAAAUUCCAUUCCCUGCUUGCUCUCUUGAUUUUUAUAUUUUAAAACAUUUUUGGGGAGAUUUAAGAGUUGCUCAAAAUAUUUAAAAUCAUAUGGAUUAUCAUAAAAGUGUGGUUCACAUGCUUAUAUAUUUAAUGAUGUGUUUAUAGGCAUUUCUCAAUAUGCUUUGCCUUGAGUAAAGGAUGCGUCUUAGUCAUUCUGCUGGGAGACAGAUUUACCGUAACCCAUCUCCAUGGGCACAGUUGCCCUUCCCACAGAGGCACAGGCUCCAUGGCUGACGAGGUGAUCAAGGAGAAGAAGGCCUACAGGCUUGGCAGGAACAGGCCUGUCAGCAUGAAAGUAAUUAGUACUUCAUUCUGUCCAGCUCGGCCUCCAACCUGGAGACAGAUCGACAGGCAGGACUGGCUAUAGCAAUCUGGGUUUCAGAAGACACUGCUUGUGAGCUUUCACUUGGGCCAUGAAAGACAGUAGGUUGCAAACUGAUGUUUUCCCUGAAAUAUCUUUUUACACUAUACAUAUGUACGUAUGUAUAUAUACACACACAUGCAUAUAUAUCCACAUAACACGUGUAUAUAUACCAUCCUGGCAACUGGAAGAUAGCUAAUAAUGAGAAAGUAGUCCAAAGUGAUAUUGAGGACUCCUAGCUUUGAUUUGGCCUUGAUUUUGCUCCUAUUCAGAAAGCUUCUUCAUGCCUGUUCCCUGGAUACAGGGCAACAUGGAGCUCGCCUCUCACAGAUCAGCACCAUUUUGGUUGACGUCCUGCUGCUAUUUCCUAGCAGUUCUCAGCUGCGGUUUUUGAAGUUGUAGGUUACUGUAUCUUCAAAAGGUUUCUUCUGCACCCUAUUUACUGCUAUGUUGAUUUUCUUCAUGAGAGCAUUUGACCCUGUUCACUCACUGCUAAGUAAUCCACCAAAUGCUGGCGUCCGUUCAAGAACUCUGGCUCCCCCAGCCUGUUCAGUGGUUUCCUAAGGCCCCCUGAUGUCGGUAGCUCCUUGCAUGGAGCUGAUAGUGGAUUCAGUACGAGUCCCAGGAUUAUCUUAUUCUUGUUACGCAGCCUUGAUUCAGAUGACAGGGAAGGACAUCCAACUUCUGUGAGUAGUUUAUAGUUUUUGGGUUUUUUUCCUUAACCCAAAACAAUGCACUUGACGAGGCAGAUGACUACAACUGCCUAACUCAUCUAGUAGUUUUGCUGAAAACCACGCAGAAUAGAAAAGGAGCUCCAGACUAAACUGUGGUGAACCGUUUGCCUCACCACCCAGUAAUCAAACCUGAGGGAGAAGUGUUCAUCUCUUUUCUCUCGAGUUCUACUAAAUGUAUGCCUAUGCUUAAUUUCACCGUAUCUGUAAUCCUUUCUGCAGCAUGGAAUCAUCAGUUUCAUGAAGACUGUUCUACAUCCUUGUCUUUUUUUUUUUUUUUUUUACUAUUUUCUGAUUUUUUUAAAUGUCAGCUGCGAUUAUAUUAGUAAAUAGUGUAUCAUUUAUGCUAUGUGCUAUUUACCUUAGCUUGUUCUAAACCCAACUAAAAUUCCUUUUUCUUCCUGAAUGUUGCAUCAUAGAAAGUGUUUAAAACUAUUUCCACUGGGGGCUGGCCCCAGGGCCAAGUGCUUAAGUUCGUGCAUUCUGCUUCGGCGGCCUGGGGUUUCACUGGUUCGGAUCCUGGGCGUGGACAUGGCACGGCUCAUCAGGCCACACUGUGGCAGCAUCCCACAUAGAGGAACCAGAAUGACCUGCAACUAGGAUAUACAACUAUGUACUGAGGCUUUG